AUGUCCGCGAUGCGAGAGUUUCCAACCAUCAAGGCCAUCCGGUCUUAUGUCAUCAGCGGCGUCGGGUCGGGCGGCGACUAUCACAACGUGAAGGGCGGGCACUGGUUGAUCGACUCACCCAUCUCGACACCGUGCUCAAGAUGGGAGAAAUACCGGGCUUCGAGAACUAGCUGGGGCAUCAACGUGCUGGGCUCGUUCUUUAUCGAGGUCGAGGCGACCGAUGGCACCGUCGGCUAUGCAACCGGCUUCGGCGGGCCACCGGCGUGCUGGCUGGUCCACCAGCACUUUGAGCGAUUCUUGAUCGGAGCCGAUCCGCGUAACACAAACCAUCUUUUCGAGCAAAUGUACCGCGCGUCCAUGUUCUACGGCCGCAAGGGUCUUCCGGUCGCCGUCAUCUCCGUCAUCGACCUGGCAAUCUGGGACCUGCUGGGCAAGAUCCGCGGCGAGCCCGUCUACAAGCUCAUCGGCGGCAACACCAAGGAUCGCAUCGACUUUUACUGCACCGGUCCCGAGCCCACCGCCGCCAAGGCCAUGGGUUUCUGGGGCGCCAAGGUGCCACUGCCCUACUGCCCGGAGGAAGGCCAGGCGGGUUUGAAAAAGAAUGUCGAGUUUCUGCGCAAACAUCGGCAGGCGGUCGGUCCCGACUUCCCGCUCAUGGUUGACUGCUACAUGUCACUUAACGUGCCGUACACGAUCGAGAUUGCCAAGGCGUGCGAGGACCUCAACAUCAACUGGUGGGAGGAGUGCCUCAGCCCUGACGACACGGACGGGUUUGAGCAGAUCAAGCGGGCGCACCCGACCCUCAAGUUCACGACGGGCGAGCACGAAUACUCGCGAUAUGGAUUCCGCAAGCUCAUCGAGGGCCGCAACCUCGACAUCAUCCAGCCCGACGUCAUGUGGCUGGGGGGCAUGACGGAGCUGCUCAAGGUGGCGGCCAUGGCGGCGGCGUACGACAUCCCCGUGGUGCCGCACGCCAGCGGGCCGUAUAGCUACCACUUCGUCAUCAGCCAGCCCAACACGCCGUUCCAGGAGUAUCUGGCCAACUCGCCGGACGGAAAGAGCGUGCUGCCAGUGUUUGGGGAUCUCUUCGUGGACGAGCCUAUUCCGACAAAGGGGUACUUGACGGUGGCGGAGUUGGACAAGCCGGGAUUCGGACUGACACUCAACCCGGCGGCCAGGUCAAAGCUGAUUCCAGCCACGUACCUCCUGACCCCCCCGACCGCUUCAUUGAGCCCGCCUACGAACGGGGUGCCGGCGGAGAAUGAGUGCAAGGAAGCGGUGGACAGCUCGAAGACAGCUUGACGUGAUGUUAAAACUUAGGGUAUCGCACCGGAGUAUGGGCGGCGACACGUCAGACCUUGGAUGAUCUUGGCAUUGCUUUCAGCUGUAUCUUCUCAAUACAAAUGACGGCCUUUUAUUGUUC